CAAACUGUGAGCGACAAGGUGGGUACACUGGCAAGCUAUGGUACUUACGACCGAUCGUUGGGGGCGCGUCGAUCGUGACAUCCAUAUAUGAUUAGGUUGCGGCCCUACCAGGAGGCUUGCUUGGAGGCAUGUCGGGCUGCACUCGCAGCUGGUAGGCGUCGCAUUGGCGUGUCGUUGCCCACUGGCGCUGGGAAGACGACGGUGUUCCUCACUCUCCUCUCACGAAUUGCCCCGCCAGAACAGUCCCCCUCCGCCGCCAAGUCCCUCAUCAUUGUCAACAGCAUCGAGCUCGCUCGCCAGGCAGCUGUCCAGGCAGCACGUUUGUUCCCCGAUUGGCGAGUAGAAAUUGAACAGGGUGCCAAACACAGAGCAUCGGGAUUGGCAGACGUCACCGUCGCGACCAUUCAGACACUCCUCCAGCCGCAGCGGUUAGAAAAGUUUCGACCGGAAACUCUCAAGGCCAUCGUCGUCGACGAAGCCCACCAUGCCGCUGCCCUCUCUUAUCGUCGGAUAUUGUCCCAUUUUGACAUGGCCAUCAAGAACCCUGGGGGAACGUUCCCGAAGUCUAUUCCGCCACACCCAAUCCCGGUCAUUGGCUUUUCAGCUACAUUCAGUCGCCACGACGGACUUGCUCUCGGCUCGGUUUUUCAAGAGAUUGUGUAUCACCAUGACUUCCUGCAGAUGAUCAAGGAACAGUGGCUCUGCGACGUCAGGUUCACCACCGUACAUGCGAACAUCGACUUGCGAGAUGUAACUAUCAACACGAAGACUGGUGACUUUAAUGCAUCUAGUCUCGCCCAUGUGGUCAGCACAGACACAGUCAACAACCUGGUCGUGCGAGUAUGGAUGGAUCGUGCAGGGGACCGCAAAUCCACCCUAGUUUUCUGCGUUAACCGUGAUCACGUUCGGCGCCUAACACAGACCUUUCGAGAUUUCGGGAUUGAAGCUCAUUACGUCCAUGCAGGCACGCCGCCCCAAGAGCGACAAGCCUUGAUCACAGAUUUCAAAGCUGGCCUAUACCCUGUCCUCAUUAAUUGUGCAAUCCUCACAGAGGGCGCGGAUAUCCCUAACAUAGAUUGCGUGGUCAUCGCACGUCCGACUCGUUCACGGAAUCUCUUUGCUCAGAUGAUCGGCAGAGGUUUGAGACAAUCUCCCACGACUGGCAAAGUCGAUUGUCGCAUCAUUGACUUCAUCGAUACCAGGAACCGUAUCCCAGGGGUGUUCUCAACACCGACGUUGUUUGGUCUCGACCCUGCAGAAGUCAUAGAUGAUAAAAGUCUCAGUGAAUUGGAAGCUAGCACCAAAUCCUCCAGUACCAGCGAUGCCAUCAUCGAAUCGAGCAGUAUCAACACCGAGCUACCUGAUCCAAAGUCUGUAACUUAUAUCGACUACGAGGAUCCUUUUGCAUUUGUGGACAAUUUCUCUGGGGCGCCCCACGUCUUGAAAUUGACUUCCAAUGCGUGGGUAGGGUGUGGAGGUGAUGUCUACGUCCUGGAAUGUCUCGGCAGGGGAUACGUACGCAUAGAACCUUUCGUCGCAGAAGGGGACCCUGCUCGAUAUCGAGCAACGUUCACGGAGGCGACUAUGGAUGGAUCCUCUGCAAGAGCUAUGAAGCUAUCACCAUACAUGCGAAAGAGGGUCAUCAUGACAUCGGAUUCUCUGAGUAACAUUUUCAAGGGUUGUGACACGUACGUAGCCCGGAAAGUGCUACCGGGCGGUCAGAGUAUCAGUCUGCUUCGGACCGCGCCAUGGCGCAAGGCGCCCGCAUCACCGAGUCAGAAGACAGUAAUCCUCAAGAGAUGGGGGAAAUGUCGCGAUGAUACCAUACAAAAACUCGAAACUCUCUCUAAAGGGGAGGCAGCAAAUAUAAUCACCAGAUUACGCCACGGUGCUCAGGCAUACUAUGAAAAGAAAGCUAAGGAGGCGCGCAAGCAGUCUCUCAUCGCAGAGAAGGAGGACGAGCGGAAGAAGCGCGAGCUCGUUCGAGUGGGACCCCUCUGAGUACAUUACACGUUUG